AUGCGCACCACAAUUAUUAUUUUCGGAGUUCUCUAUCUAUGGAUAGCUUUCAGGCUAUCCUACAAUGUAAGGAAAAUUGUAAGUUACUCAAUAAAUUUUGAAUUAAUUAAUAUUCUUUCACAGGAAGCAAUUGUAUUUAAAUUCACGAACGCAAUUUGUGAGAGCUACAACGAAUCUUGGUUCGUUAUACACAAAUGUCGGCUAAAAGCUGUAAAUCGAACAGUUAAUACAAUGAAUGUAAAUGGUACAAUUUUACAUCCAGCUUAUCGUAUUGGAGUACAACUGCAAAUGUUUAAAAGGGCUAAUGGGUACAAGCCUUGGCUAUUUAAUAUCCAUCUUGAUGCGUGCAGGUUUGUCAAGACACAGUAUAAUCCUUUUGCAAAAAUUGUUUUCGGCCUUUUUAAGGAGUUUUCCAACAUUAACCAUUCCUGUCCCUAUGUGGGUCAUCAAAUAGUCGAAGGAUUUUACCUGAGGCAGAAAUCAUUGCCGCAUGCCAUUCCAUCUGGCGAUUACUUAUUAUCCAUGACAUGGCAUUUUGACAAAAGACCACAAUUUAUAACGAAAAUAUAUUUCGUUUAUAUGGAAGACUUGUAA